UAACAAAUAAUUUGGAAAAAAGAAAAAACUCCAAAGAUACAUAUAAGCCGACAUAUAAUAUAGAAAUAAAUUUUCUAAGGACUUUUCUGAAAUAUAGAUAAAUACAAAAGGUAAUAAAAUAUUUAGCCGGUGAUCUUGCACAAAUCAAUCCAAACUUCCAUCGGAGAAAAAAACAAUCAAAUCUUCCACCAAUGGAAGCCACGGCGGCUCUCCGCUAACUCCGCCCAAAUCAUCUCCACUUGCCCCUUCCAAAAACGGUGUCGUUUUCUGGCAAAACUUUCUUAUAUAAAUCUCCACCACAAAACUAUCCACACCACACUUAUCUAGUUGUAAUGGCGACGACUCUCCUCGAAACCUGUCGGAUUCAACCUCCGGCGGGCGCCGCCACCGCCGAGCUAGAACUCCCCCUCUCCUUCUUCGACGUCCUCUGGCUACACUUCCACCCAAUCCGCCGUCUUCUCUUCUACGAGUACUCCUGCUCCGAAUCCCACUUCUCAGAAACCCUAAUUCCAAACCUCAAAGAAUCACUCUCCCUCACUCUCAAACACUAUCUUCCCGUAGCAGCAAAUCUCCUCUACCCUAUCAACACCGACGACCAGAAACCCGUCCUCCGCUACGCCGCCGGCGACUCCGUCUCCAUGAAAAUCGCCGUCUCCGGCGGCAACUUCGACGACCUCGUCGGAAACCACCCACGCGACGCCGAUCAGUUCUACGACUUCGUCCCGGAAAUCCCGCCGGUGACGGAAGAUUCCGACGGCCACAAAAUCGUCCCUGUUUUUGCUCUGCAGGUGACGCUAUUUCCCGGCCGGGGAAUUUGUAUCGGCUUCUCCAACCACCAUACUCUCGGCGAUGCGAGGUCGAUUGUAGGGUUCAUGUGGGCGUGGGCUUCAAUCGCCAAAUUCGGCGGUGAAGAAGAGUUUCUUAAAAAACAGGGCGAGUUCCUCCCGAUUUUCGACAGGUCCGUGAUUCACGAUCCUCUCGGAGUCGACGGAAUAUUCUGGAAAGCAAUGAGGAAUAUUCCGUUUAAGUCGUCAUCUUUUCCACUUCCCACGAACAGGGUCAGAGCCACGUACACACUCCGCCAAUCCGAUAUUGAAAAGCUCAAAGAUUCCGUUUUGGCCAAGAAACCCGAUUUAGGCCACGUGUCGUCUUUCGUUGUUACAGCGUCCUACGUUUGGACAACCCUGUUGAAAUCAGGAGAUGCGGUUGGCGAGGAAGUUGACGAUGACGUGUUCGAGUUCUUCAUUUUCACGGUGGAUGCUAGAGGGAGGACGAAUCCGCCGAUGCCGUUGAAUUACUUCGGCAAUUGCUUAGGUGGCUCAAUGGCGAAAAUCGAGCAUAAAAAUCUUGUUGGUGACGAAGGGUUUGUGAUUGCUGCGGAGGCGAUUGCUUUGGAUAUUAAAAAUAGGGUUAAUAAUAAAGACGAGGUUUUGAAAGGCGUCGAGAAUUGGAUGUCCGAUAGCGAGAAAUUUGUAGGGAUGAGGGCGGUUGGGGUUUCCGGUUCGCCCAAGUUUGAUUUGUGCGAUGCGGAUUUCGGAUUGGGAAGGGCGAGGAAGCUUGAAGUCGUGUCGAUUGAUGGGGAGAAGUAUUCGAUUUCCUUGUGUAAGUCGGGUGGUUCGGAAGGAGGAUUGGAGAUUGGGUUGGCUCUUCCGAAGGAUAGAAUGGAAGCUUUUGCAGCUAUAUUUGCAAAUGGACUAUGAUCAAAUUAUUUAAGCAUGUGUGUUGAAUAAAACUAGAUAAUUUUGCAUAUUUGAGAAGCAAUUAAUGACAAAUGUAUUUUAGUGAUUUUAUAAGUUUUGUCGCUA